UCAUUUUCAUUUUCAUAAUUCGAUCAACUUAUGGCAUUGUCAAUUAGAGUAGCCAUUUUUUUGAUAAUCAUGUGUUUCGUGCUUCUUCAACAAAACGGAGAUGCACAAAAGCAUAAAACAAGUGAAGGAUUAUUGAUGAAGUGCAGAUUUGACAAAAUAUAUCAAUUAGGCGAUUCAAUUUCUGAUACCGGGAAUUGUCUCAGAGAGAGCCUUUGUGGAACUCAUUCUUCAUGUAGAAGAUCUCCUUAUGGAAUGAAUUUUUUCCAUAAAGUUACAGGAAGAUGUUGUGAUGGAAUGCUCAUGAUUGAUUUCAUAGCUCGGGAAUCUGGUCUUCCAUUUCUAAAUCCGUUCAAGGAUGAAAAUGCAGAUUUUAGUCAUGGUGUGAAUUUUGCAGUAGCAGGGGCUACUGCGUUAUCAGUUGAAUCACUUGCAGAGAAGAACAUUUCUAUGUCUUUUACAAAUAGUUCAUUAAGUGUGCAACUUCGUUGGAUGUCUUCUCAUUUCAAAUCCAUUGCUUCUCCUGAUGAAAAAUUGAAGAAAUCACUUUUCCUAGUUGGAGAAAUUGGAGGAAAUGAAUUCAGUUAUGGCUUAUUACAAGGUAAAUCCAUCAAAGAGGUUCGAAAAAUGGUGCCACAAGUUGUUCAAACUAUCAUUCAUGGAGUUAAAGUGAGGUUCAUGAUAAUCGUGAAUUGUUAUUUUGAGAGGAUUAUCGAUUUUGGAGGUACGCGAAUUAUUAUUCCAGGUAAUUUCCCAAUUGGUUGUAUCACGUCUAUGCUAACAAAAUUCAAGACCAACAAAACAACGGCCUACGAUGAGUAUCAUUGCCUGAAAGACUUAAAUAGCCUUGCAAGAUUCUUCAAUCAUCAUCUGCGACAAGCCAUUGUCCAAAUGAAGAAAAAAUAUCCAAACGUUAUAUUGAUUUAUGGCGAUUACUACAAUGCCUAUUUGUGGCUUCUACGAAAUGCAGUCUCUCUUGGAUUCGAUGAAAAUUCGUUACAGAAAGCCUGUUGUGGAAUAGGAGGAAACUAUAAUUAUAACCCAAGUAGAACAUGUGGUGCAGCAGGAGUUCCAGUGUGUGUUGAUCCAAGUACUCAUAUUAGUUGGGAUGGAAUUCAUAUGACACAAGAAGCAUAUAAAUGGAUGGCAAGAUGGCUAAUUGAUGACAUGUUACCUCAAUUGAAUUGUUAUAAUCAUAGUUUGAUUUAAUCG